AUGCCACUGACCCCGACCGUCGUCGAGCAACCUCCUCCGCCUCCUCUCACCAGGGGCAACUCGGUUGUCUCACUCUAUCAGUCGUGCCUCAACCUAAUCGAACGUCUCUCAGGCGUUCCUGGUUUUGAAGAGUACCUCAAUCCUGAUUUACUCCAAAACACUCAAGCCGGUGCCCCUUCCACCUCCAGUCCAAAUGACCCUGUCCACCAACUAUGGGUCCUUUUCCGAAUGGGCUCUCCACUCGCCUGCAUCUUCAACGGUCUGCGUCCCAAGGAUCCUCUUAAAAUCAACCCUGCCACUAAUCUCAGCAACAUCAAUGCUUGCAAGGCCUCCGUCUUCCACUUUCUUGUGGCCUGUCGCCAGGAGCUUCACUUUAGCGAAAACGAUCUCUUCUCCAUCACGGAUCUUUUCCAUGACGACACUAAUGGAUUUGUCAAGGUGAUCAAAGCAGUGAGUAUGGUCCUUGAUAGGAUGGAAGAUCAGGGAUUGCUUCGCGCAAGGCUCACUACCAAGCGCAACUCUGAUCAAGCCAAGCCUACCGACAACAGAGCCAAGGUUGUACAAGAGAUUUUGGAGACUGAGCGCAGUUAUGUUCGUGAUCUUGAGGAUCUCCAAACUUAUAUGCGCGCUCUCCAAACGGACGGCACUAUAAUUUCACCCGAAACUAUCCAUCUCAUCUUUGCGAAUCUCAAUGCUCUAGUGGAUUUCCAGAGACGCUUCCUUAUCGCUGUGGAGACUCAUGCUGCCUUUGCUCCUCAAGAUCAGAAUUUUGGGCAAGUAUUUUUGCAGCAUGAGGAGGCAUUUGCUGUAUAUGAACCCUUUUGUGCUAAUUUCAAUGAGGCGAGCAAGCUGAUUCUUAGUGAAGCACCCAAGCUUCAGAAAUUGGCCCAUCUGAUGGAGCCUAUUUAUGGGAUCACCUCGCAACUGAUCAAGCCUGUCCAACGUAUCUGCAAAUACCCACUUUUUAUGCAUGAGCUCAUCAAGUUGACAGAUCCGGAGUUCCCACACUACAGAGACCUAGUUGAAGGUCAAGCCUCCAUCAAGCGUGUCGCUGACCGUAUCAACGAAACGAAUCGCAAGCAGGACAAUCACUUGAUUGCACAGGCCUUACAGCACAAAGUUGCUUGGAAAGAAGGAGAACUUGUAUCUGACUUUGGUACAUUGCUCUUACAUGAUAAACUUUUGAAUCCCCGUAGCGCUUCAGACAAAGAGUUAGAAGUCUAUUUGUUUGAAAAGAUCAUACUCUUUUGUCAGGAAAUCGUUAGCAAAAAGAAACAGACAAAACCACUUCCUAAAGGCGCAAAGCCCAAACCGACACUUCACCUCAACGGACGUAUCUACAUCAACAAUAUUAAGUCGAUUCUUCCUGUUACCGUCUCUGGAGCUUAUGUUCUUCAUCUUGUCUGGAAUGUUGCGGCUGAUGAGUUUGAGCUCCGCUGCCGAAAUGAGGAUCAGCUUAAGAAAUGGCACAGCGUCCUUGAUAAGCUGGUGACGGAGGCUAAUGCACAAAAGACCAAUAUUGUUUCAACUACCGCCUUCGUUGGUAUGCCAUACGUGACUCCUGAACAAUCUUCAUUCUAUAGGGAUGACGAUGAUUAUCUGGAUGACGAUUUGGAUGGCGACGAAGAGGACUAUGAAGAUCAGCGUGGAUAUCGCAGUAACUCGUUGCCAUUCGGUCUUGCACCUCAGCCAGCUAUGCUUGGAUCUCGCCCCAGAGCUAAGACCGAGGAUGGCACAGUUCAACCCGUCGGAUCCUGGAACUCACGUACCGGUGGAUACACAUCUCAUGCAGCCGCAAACGGACGACCUUCACCUGGUAUGUCGCUUCCACCUAUGCCUCGUACUUCCAGCAGCGCAAGCACUACUAUGGGUCUCAUGUCACCAGGAGAGUAUCCUUAUUCCCCACCAUCCUCAUAUCCUGCUUCUCCUACAGUUUCAAAUUCUCGUGGUUCGACCAGUAGCAGUAGCUCAUGGCAACGACGAAGCAACGGUGAAGGCCACUCACCUAUGACCGAGACCAUGUCCAGGUUCAUGUCCCACGAUGGUUCGGACGACUAUACCCCUGGACAACCGCUCUCUAGAAAUGCUUCCACAGGCUAUUCUUACAGUACCUCAGGAUCGGCACCUCCUCCUGUUCCUCAGAUUCCUGGCCAGCUUCGUGUACGUGCUCAGAGCAGCCCCAAUAUUCAUGCGGCCGCUAACCCCUCUUGGCACAAUGCCCCCGAAGUUCCCACGCCUCUAGCUCACCACCGACGACCCUCUAACUCGAGUGGUCCCAACUCGCCAACGACGCCAUAUCCAGGUAGCUCAUUUAACAUCCCUGCAGUCCCAACCAUUCCCUCUCGUCAUAGCUCACCCCGUCCAGAUCCCAGCCGUACUCUGCGACAGCAGCCAUCCAACAGUAAUCUGAGUGCAGGAGUACCUCAGCUCAAGAUUAAGGUCAAUUUCCAGGAUGAUGCCUAUCUGAUCGUGGUCCCCAUUCAAAUCGGAUAUAACGAGUUGGUUGAACGAGUUGAGAAGAAGAUACGCCUAUGUGGCUGCCGUCGACCAGACUCGCAGCCUCUGCGCCUUCGCUAUAAGGAUGAGGAUAACGACUACAUUAUCAUGAAGGAUGACGACGACAUCUCGUUAGCAUUUGAGAGUUGUUAUGCCGAAGGAGUGAUGAACUUGCAUGUUAGCUAA